ACAGACACGCUCAGACGCUUGGGUGGAGGGCUUGGGUCUGAGUGUCAGCUGAGAACUUGCACUCUCGCAGUUAACCUUCAAAGCCAGCAGCGCGGUGACACCGGGGUUGUUGUGAUCUGGGAAGACGUACCCCGAUAAUCUACAUCCUUCACUGCUCGCCAUCUAAAACCAGGUCGUCAAAUACUGACAGUUUGGGGUGAUGGCUCGCUGACUAACAAACCCUACAUAAAUGGAAGCUCCAGGUGAAAAAACACACACCUGUGGCACAAUUUGUCUGAAAUAUCUACUUUUCCUCUUUAACAUUCUUUUCUGGCUGGCGGGAGGGGCCGUGCUGGCAGUGGGAGUAUGGACUCUGGUGGUAAAGAGUGACUACAUCAGCUUACUGAACUCCAGCUUCUACUCGGCCUCAGCUUACAUCCUGAUAGCUGCCGGGGUCGUUGUGAUUGUGACUGGGAUAAUCGGAUGCUGUGCCACGCUGAAGGAGAUGAAGAGUCUCCUGAUUGUGUAUCUGAGCUUACUGCUCUGCAUUUUCCUGCUGGAACUCAUUGCCGGUGUGCUGGCCUUCAUUACCUACCAAGAGUGUUUCCCUUUCUGCUACCAGCUGGAUGAGGAGCUCAGACAGAACCUGAAGGUCACCAUGCAGCAGAAAUACCAGCAGCCGGGUGAGGAGAGUGUCACGCAGGCUGUGGAUAAACUCCAGCAAGAGUUUAAGUGUUGUGGAAGUCACAACUACUCGGACUGGACAGACAGUGUGUGGACCCAGACGAAUGAUCAGCUCGUCCCUGAUAGCUGCUGUAAAACUCCCACUGACCUCUGCGGCCUCAGGGACCAUCCCUCCAACAUCUACAGGGUGGAGGGAGGCUGCAUUGUGAAAUUAGAGGAGUUCCUCCUCAGCCAGUUGUAUAUUCUCGGUGCAGUGGGUAUUGGGAUUGCAUUUCUACAGCUUGUGGGGAUGAUGUUUACUUGCUGCCUUUAUCGAAAUUUGGAGGAAGAUCCGUACUGAUUUUUGACAUUCUUCAAUAUCACAAACUCACUCAGUCAAGGCACAGAUUGUAAAUUGUUUGGGUAGACUUUUUACACAGUUCUGAGUGCUGUAAAGUUGGUGAUCCAAAUGAUUACUUGAUGAAAGUACAGACACUAUAGAGUUUAUAAUGCUGCUGGGCAGCACUGUGCAAAAUGCCAUUGCAUGCUUUGGGGGAAAAGUUCACCCAAAAAUAAAGAUUCAUUUGUUACCUACUCAGCCCCAUGCUUAAAGUCAGCUGAUGUUACAAAGUACAUGAAACAUCUGUGGAGUUUCACAGAAAAACAGCGUUGCAGCAUCUCCCUGAACAACUGAAGCAGAUGGGGACAGAAUGCUGCAACACUGUUUUAUUGUGAAGCCUUAGAAAUGUUUUGUGGGCUACAAAACUUCAUCAAACUUUCCAUCCACAUGAGGGUGAGUAGAUAAAGACAUAAUCUUAACUUUUGCGAGAACUUAACAUUUAAGUGUUCCCCCAUUUAUGUUGAGAUAAUUAUGUGUGGAUAAAUUGUAACGAAAAAUAGUAGAUUGAGUUGUUUAUCUAGUUUUUUUUUAUGUAUCACGCAGUGUUUACUGAAGUUAUCGUUUAAAAAAAUGAAUUAAAGUUAAAUGAAAAAUGAUGAAUUAAAUGAAUUUUGUUGAAUUGUGAAACUGCAAAUAAAUACACCUGCCAUUUA